AUGCAGCGACGAAAAGCGUGCUUCGACUUCGACAUCAGCUAUCAGGGCAUUGAGCAAGAAGUCGGAAAGUCCAGAUUCUCCCUACAUCGCUAUGAACGCCACGUUUUCAAUGACCACAAGUCUCCAAUGCCGCUGGAAGAAGCGCUUGCGCCGUAUACACAGCAUGGACCUCCAGUCGGAGAGAAACAAGAACGCAUCGCCAGGUUGCUCGUUGAAAGUGGUAUACAUGCGCGCGACUUCGCAUACGAGAGUACGCUACCGCCAAUUGCGCCUGUUCGCCACGUUCGGCAGCAGAUACAGCCAGGCGCGCUGAGGCGCGGAGGGGAGUUCGCAGGCGAAGAGGAUGAUCACGAACCACAGACAUUCUACUGUGAUGCGGAGACAGGAGGGACUACGGUCGGUUUACGGCCACGCAAGAGGAAGAGGCCUAUUGAACGAACGCCUACGGAACCGGUCGACGAGGAACCCAGCCAGGGUCCAUGUCCUUUGUCUGGUGGCCCCUUGAGACUGUCGCAGCGGCGACACUGGGGAGCGGACCUCGCACCGCGAUUAUUGGCAACGCCACGCAAACCCUUUCAUCCUGUGGCGAGUACUCCGAUCAGCUCUCCAGGCAAUCGUAACACCCAUUCACCCUCACAGCCUGGCGUACAAGGGACAUCACAAGAGUCUGAAUGGAUAGAUACUCCUCUGGUGACGCCAAACGGCUCGUUCCAGUGGCCUGUCGCCGAUAGUAGUGACGUUCCGGCGUCGCAACUGGAUUCGGCGUCUCAAUUGCCGGUCCCAGAGGACGUCACCUUCUCGCAGCUGGGAUUUUCUUCCCAGCGCACCCCACAGCGCACACCCAACCGAGGGCGCGUGCACGACCGUGCGGUGCUCUGCUCCCCAAUCCGCGCACCAGUCUUCGCGGCGGCUGACGCGUCGACGACCAGCGCUUCUCCUGAGGCCCUACCGCCACCGCCACAACCCUUACCUCCCCGCGAACAGUCUCCAGCCGGCUCGCCGCGCAAGCGGCGCCGCAAAGACAACACCGAAGCGGCGCGCGACACCCCUCCAUCGCGAUACUUCCUGCGCGAGAGGGCUGUGGCUCCUACACGCCUCCCCCCUCCGCCUCGCUCGUCCUCUCGCACAGCUUCGUCCCGCCACGCGGCGAGUUCCGGACGCGUGUCCCCAGCGAAGAACGCUGGUGGCACAAGGACGUCGCCGAGCAGACGACAGCCGAAGAGGAAUACACGGUCGAGUCGCCGCGGAGAGCAGCAGGGAUCGAGUUGA